AUGUUUGCUGGUUCAAAGAUCUUAACCUUACUGUAUCUACCGAGCUGGAUGAACCUGGCUGGCUACUGGUUCAACCUUGCAUUUCAUUUGUCCCUGACGCUGGGCAGUGCAGUAGUGCUCCCCGGGGUAAUGUUCCUGAGGUCAUCUCCACCAGAGUGGGUAUCAGCGCUGUAUGCUGCGCUGGACAGACCGUUGGUGGCUAUCUGCUUCAGUGUUUUCAUGCUUGGCUGCUUCGUCAAGUGUAAAUCUGGGUUACGUGACUUCUUCGAGUGGCGUGGAUUUCAUUUCUUAGGACGGUUGUCGUACUGCGUGUUUGUGCUACAUUUCAUUGUUCUGCGGCUCAUCCUAGCUGGCAACACGCAGCUGAACCAUGCCUCUAUAUAUUCCCUGAUAACUCUAUUAAUAUCAGUGUCUGUAUUGUCAUAUAUUGUGGCAAUACCAAUCUGUUUAUUGGUGGAGCUGCCAGCCAUAGAACUGUGGCGUGCAUGUACACAGUUUGAGAGAAAACCGCCUGUUGUGCAACAACCACAAUCGUUUGUAGUGAAACCUUUGGACUUGGUGGCGAACAUAAGGAGAAGACAGGAUGUCUAG